AUGGAGGUCAGAGUUGCUGAUAUCAAAGUCUAUUCAGGUUUUCCUGAAGUUGUUCCAAACAGACAACAGUUCUUUGAAUUAGAAUCUAUAACAAUCAGCUGUGAAGGGCUAAGUGGACUGACUGGAUGGAGAGUGAUGAAAAAGAUAAAUGGAGACCUUAGAACAUGUGCUCCAACCUGGGAUAGAGCUACUGGGCCUUGCAAUAUUAUUAAUGCAUAUCCAAAAACUGACAGUGGAGAAUACUGGUGUGAAAUGGGAAGAACACAAAGAAGCAACUCUGUCAAUAUCACUGUAACUGAGAGUCAUGUGAUCCUGGAGAUUCCUGCCCAACCUGUAACGCAGGGAGAAAACGUGACCUUGCAUUGUAGAAAAAAGGAUGCAAACUCCAACUACACUGCAAAAUUCUAUAAAAAUGGCGUCUCCAUUGGGAGCAGCUCAUCAGGAAACAUAAUGGCUCCCACUGUAUCCAAAUCUGAUGAAGGACUUUACAAAUGUAGUAUUGCUGAUGCUGGAGAAUCACCAGAGAGCUGGCUAACUGUUUCAGAGGACCAUGCACUUGAAUCAGUCCAGGAGACAUAUGCUAUGGUCAGAAAACCCAGCAAUGUGAAAGGUAAUUGA